AUGGCGGUGGCAGCAGCAGGUCGUGUGCAGACGCUGUACCCGGCACUUCAGUCUGAGCGCGGGCAUUCUGGGAGAUGUAGUUUGCAGUCGGAGGGAACACGCUUCAGCGAGCCCCGCGCGAGGCGGCUUCUUCUGUGCAUGUGUGCCCUCCAAGUCCUCACGGUGGUGACCCCGCGCGGGGGUGAGUCCCGAGAGGUUAAGCCCCUCACCUGGCUGGCGUUGGUCGGGGCUGGAGAUCUCUGCCUUCACCCAAGGGUUACAGAAAAUGACCAAGUCCCAGAUCAUUUUAGUUGGAAUAGCAAUGUGUUGUUACAGAGACCAGUAACAUUCAAGGACGUGGCUGUGGAUUUCACCCAGGAGGAGUGGCGGUAUCUGGACCCUUCCCAGAGGGAUCUGUACCGGGACGUGAUGCUGGAGAACUAUAUCAACCUCAUCUCAGUGGGAUAUAAAACCAUCAAGCCUGCUGUGAUCCACAAAUUGGAACAAGGAGAAGAACCAUGGAUGGUGGAGAGAGAAAUCUCAAGUUGGAGAUACCCAGAAAAAGUCUGGCAAGUUGAUGACCACAUGGAGAGGCACCAAGAGAACCAAGGAACACUUUUCAGGCAUGUUGCAUUCAUUGACCAGAAAACUGUGACGGAGGAAAAGGCUUGCGGGAUCUUCAUUCCCCAACCAGAGAUUGAACCCAGGCCAUGGCAGUGAAAGUGCAGAGUCCUAACCACUGGACCACCAGGGAAUUCCCUAUUUUUUUCUUCUUUUAACAAAGUAUGAAUUGUAACAAAACAUAGGGCCUCCUAAAUAAGAAUUCUAAAGUAUAAAAUAAACGUUUUUCCUGUUGUUUGUUGGCAUAUAUAAAA